AUGGGGAAGGUUUAUGAAUGUAAGGAAUGUGGGAAGGCCUUUAACCACAGCUCAUCCCUUAUUUCCCAUCAGAGAAUUCGUACUGGAGAGAAACCUUACAAAUGUAAUGAAUGUAAUAAAACAUUGACCUAUAGCUCAUCCCUUACUUCUCAUCAAAGAAUCCAUACAGGAGAGAAACCAUAUGAAUGCACCUUUGGCCAGAGAUCAGGGCUUAAUCGAUAUCAGAAAAUCUAUAGUAAAGAAAAGCCUUAUAAAUGUGAUGAAUGUGCAAAGGCAUUCUGUGAACAAAUGCAACUUACUCGACAUCAGAAAAUCCAUACUAGAGGGAAACCUUAUGAAUGUAAUGAAUGUGGGAGGAGUGCACAACUUAUUCAUCAUCAGAGAUUUCACACUAGAAAGAAACCUUAUGAAUGUAAUGAAUGUGGAAAGGCUUUCCACUGGAGCUCAGGACUCAUUGAACAUCAGAGAAUUCAUAUAAGAGUGAAGCCUUUUGAAUGUAAUGAAUGUGGGAAGGCCUUCAAUUGCAACUCAUCCUUUACUUACCAUCAGAGAAUUCAUACUGGAGAGAACCCUCAUGAAUGUAAUAAAUGUGGGAAGACCUUCCAAAGCCUCCGGGGAGGGCCGGCGCAGGCGCCUCCGGCGCCGGCGCCUUCGCCCCAGCCUCUCGGCACUCCGGACUACAUUUCCCAGGAGGCCUUGGAAAGGAAACGUCACUGCCGUUACAUCAUUUCCGCUUCCUUUCUCCCUAGUUUUCCACAGGUCUGCGCCUCCCGGAAGCAGAGUCCCGCCGCAGUAGGUGAGGCAAGGCCUGGCAGUCUGGGACUGGCGAGAGGGAGCCGGCGGAUUGUCCGGCCCCUCGGUGCCUGCCCCAGCCUCCCCGGGGGGCGGGGGCUGCGAUGGGGGCCGGGGAAGAGGCGGCUCUGGGCGCCCCGGACCCCGACCGGGCGGAGGGGCAGGAGGAGGGGGAAGCCGCCGCUUGCGAGCCUGCGCACUAGCACCUCCCAGCCUCUUCGCGCCCCUGCUGGGAGGAGGAACCAAUCAGAGGCGCCGACCCCGCCCCGCCCCCAGUGUCCACCUGGAGCCCCUGUGGUCUUCCUCUCUGCCCCUGCUGCCUGCUUCUGUGUCCUAGGGGGAUGGGCGCGCUGCCUCAGUUUACCCCCCUGGGAAGCCGCGCCUUUCGCUCUGCCGGCCUGCUCUCCGAGAGCACGGCCCUCGCUUUUCUUCCCCAGGAGAGAGCCCUGCCCAGCCCGAGGGGCAGAGGAGUGGAGAGGAAGCCAUGGCCCCCCAGAUUGGGACACUAGGAUUAAAUCUAAAGAAUCAGCUCCACAGCCAUGUAUUUCUAUGGAGGAAUCAUCCCAGAAGAGACUCUCAGAGGAUGUUUUUUGUAUCUCGAAGAUGGGAGGAGCCUCUGAAUGUUAUGACAGGUUGAAGGAGGAGCAAAGCAAGGAAGAACAAUAUUUUAGACAGGUAAAAAUCACCAAAGGGAAACCCCCAAGUGAAGUAAGAGGCCAUCAAUAUAAUAACUAUAGCAGAAGACCUAAUCUAGAGCCUGUUGUUUUUCCACAAAAAAGAUCAUUUGUAGAAAAGAGUCUUCUUCAUAAAUGUAAUACACAGAGAGUGAGCUUCAAAAUGUAUUCAGACAACAAGCAAUAUAAUAAAAUCUGUUUAAAGAAGGAAUUUUCUAAUGAUUACAAAUGUCAGAAAUCCUUUGGCUCUAAUUUUGAUCAUAUGGACAAACAUGGAUUACAUGCUGGAAAGAAACUUUAUGAAUGUAAUGAAUGUGGAAAUUCUUUUCUCCAGAAUACUGAACUUACUUUACAUCAGAGAAUUCACAAAGGAAAACAGCUUUAUGAAUGCACUGAAUGUGGAAAGGCUUUCAAACAAAAUUCAUAUCUUAGGAAACAUCAGAAAAUUCAUACUGGGAAAAAACCUUAUGAAUGCAGUGAAUGUGGGAAGGCCUUCCAUUGGAGAACACAGCUUACUGAACAUAAGAGAGUUCAUACUGGAGAGAAACCUUAUGUAUGUAAUGAAUGUGGGAAGUCCUUCCUCUGGAGCAGUAACUUUACUAGGCACCAGAGAAUUCAUACUGGAGUAAAACCUUAUGAAUGCAGUGAAUGUGGGAAGGCAUUUUGCCAGAACUCAUAUCUUAGGAAACAUCAGAAGAUUCAUACUAGAGAGAAACCCUAUGAAUGUAAUGAAUGUAGGAAAACCUUCCAGUGUAGAACACGGCUUGCUAAACAUCAGAGAAUUCAUACUGGAGAAAAACCUUAUGUAUGUAUUGAAUGUGGAAAGGCUUUCCUCUGGAGUACUGACCUAAUUAGGCACCAGAGAACCCAUCCUGGAGAGAAAUCUUACGAAUGCAAUGAAUGUGGGAAGGCCUUUUGUGAUAAGACAGGCCUUACUCAGCAUCACAGAAUUCAUGUUGGAGCAAAGCCUUAUAAAUGCAAAGACUGUGGGAAAGUUUUCCUCCAGAGCACAACACUUAUUCGACAUCAGAAAGUUCAUACUGGAGAGAAACUUUAUGAAUGUUUUGAAUGUGGGAAGGCCUUCUAUCAGAGAGCAGCUCUUACUCAACAUCAUAAAAUUCAUACUGGAGAGAGACCUUAUAAAUGCAAUUAAUGUGGGAAGGCCUUUCACCAUAACUCACACCUUAUUCAGCAUCAUAAAGUUCAUACUGGAGAGAAACCUUAUGAAUGUAUUGAAUGUGGGAAGACCUUUGCCUGGAACACAACACUUACUAAACACCGAAGAAUCCAUAGUGGAGAGAAACCCUAUGAAUGUAAUGAAUAUGGGAAAGAUUUUACCUGGAGCACAGCACUUACCCAACAUCAGAAAAUUCACACUGGAGAGAAACCUUAUGAGUGCAAUGAAUGCAGGAAGGCUUUCUGUAUAAGGGCAGAACUGAAGAAAGCUUUUGAGUGCAAUGAAUGUGGAAAGCCCUUCUGUCAGAGAGUAAAACUUACUGAACAUCAACCAGUUCCUACUUCUCCAGGAGAAAUACCUAACCAAAUAUAUUGAAUACUGGAGGGAAAUCAUGUGAAUAUAGCUAGUUCUUCAGUGAAUGAUGAUGAAAUCUGCCACUUGCCUUUUCAACCAAAAUGUAGUGUAGAGGUGCACACUUUCAGAUAUGACCAGUGUGUGUAGAUUUUUGUUUGUCCAAAUUUUAUUUGUUAUAAGGGGGGAGGGAAGUCAGUGGACUAUGACAGUGAUGUUAAAGAGAAGAAAAGAACAUCAAUAAAAGAAAGUCCUUUGAUCACAGCAUGCAACUCAUUGAAUGCUACACUUUUGUGGAAAAAAUAUGAAGGCUGGACUACAGUACAGCCAGGUGAGAUUAGAACUGUUUGAAUGACUGCACCCAAAGAGUAGUCAUUAUUGGUUCAAUAGCAGCUUGGAAAGUGUUAACUACUCAAGUUAACAGUGUUCUUAAUGCCUUGUAUAAAGUCAUACGUGACAUGCUUAUAAGAUUUGUAAACACAAAGCUGGGUGGCAUAGUGGGUAUAAGAUGAAAUGCUUUAGGAAACAGAUUCAAGCUGCUAAACAUUGGUUUAUUAAGCAGUAUUGCCAAUUGUCCAACAAAUUGGCACCAGUAGCCUUCCUCACCUUUGGCACUGGACCCUGAAUAUAGGAGAAGACAAAUAUUUAUGUAUUUAAAACAAAUAAGACCAAUUAAAAAAUAACCAGCAUACAAAAUUAAGUAAUCUGUUUUUUAAUUGAUUAAAAAAAGAUUAGGGGCUUUCCAAGUUGGGAGGGGGAGAGUGAACAGAUGCAAUUCUAUAAAAUUAGACAAAAAAAAGUGAAGCCUACCCCUCCCCAAGUUAUCUGUAAAAAAAAAAAAGGAAUAUGGAAACUAAUUCAUCAUCAUGGGGCUAGUUUUCAUAUAAGACAUACAGGUUGCUUGAGAUGUAUAAUUGUGAGAAAACUCGCAUCAACCUUAGGAUCUGCAUGGUUUUCUGGUCUUUAGUUAAGGGGCUUUAAGAAGCCAGUAGAGGUGGUCCAGCUUCCUGUCCUUGCAGGGCUAGGUUCAAACAAUGCAAUAAAGCUUUUUCAGACA